AUGAGCUCGCCAGGUACGCAGCCUGUAGCGGUGGCCAUUGCGGCGGGGAACGACAGUAUAGACGUGCCCCUGGACUGGCUGUACAAGGGCAAGAGAAGGCCCAACAGCAACGUUGUUGUGCCCGUGUUGCCCCAGCAGGGCGUGCAGCGAGUGCCUGUGCAGCAGGAGCAAGCGCAUGGGGCGGAGCCACACGGCAGGCGGUCGAGGUCCUCGUCUGUGUCUAACGGCGUGCUGGACUCCGCUGGGCUGAAAGUACAGAAUAAACAACUGAAACAGCCGUCGUCGACGUCGUCGUCGUCACAUAGACCAAGAAGCUCGUCCAUGAGCACGGAGAAACCAAAGAAGUCCCUGUUCGAGUCCCUGUUCGGGAAGAAAAGCGUUCAGCAGCCAACACGGCCCGUCAGUAUCCCGUCAUCAGCAACACCGCCGACUACCGCCCCAGGGGACACUGCCAAUAGAAGCCCCACUAUGUCUGUGAGUCCGCCGAAGUCAUUGCAAAGACAGGCAGAGAGUGCACCGCCACAGGGGGAAACCGUCGCGGAGGACCCCCUCGAUGGGGUGAGACUCCGGAGAGUCGUGUUUGCAGUCGACAAGUUUCGGGGGGAUCCACCGCAGCAGUUGCCCUCGAGGAAACCGAAGUUGGGCAACGUGCUCAUACCGGAGGAUAUGGUCAGUGAGCAACCGCUGAUAUCGCAGGGGAUCACGUCGAACUCUGGUGGUGGGGAAUCAUCAUCGGACCAGCCGUCGUUGCAAUUGGGGAAAUUCUCAAGGGACUCGAAGGAGUACAGACAAGCAUUGGAAGCGUACAGGAAGGAUCUCAAGGAGACGGAAGUGCACCAGCAGGAGGCUCGUAAGGCCGCAGAACGUGUAGCAAAGGAGGUCAGGGGUUACAAACCGGUGCAGGGGAGGGACCAAGCAGGAGCGGGAGGGGGGGUCUCCAGGAAGGGGAUCCCUCUCCUUGAAACUGUCAAGGACUCUUUCCCGCACCAGGCGGAGGCAGAGGUCCCGGAAAACUACGAGAAGUUGAAAAACGUACACAUCGAUAACCCACUGCACGUUCAUGAGAACUACUUCGGGACAGCGCGUGCGGAUCACACGGCUCAGGAGGAACUCACUCUGGACACAGUAUACACCAGGUGUUGCCACCUGCGUGAGAUCCUACCGAUCCCGUCCACUUUGCGACAAGUCAGGGGCAAAACCGCACCACUACCAACACUCAAGUUCCUGAACCCGAGACCCACACUCAUCGAUAUCCUCUCCUUUUGUGACUUCAUCGCUGUGGUGCCCAUCCACACAGUCAUAUUCGAUAACGUCUCGCUCACUUUGGAAAUGCUUAGGAUCAUUCUAAGUUCCCUGGUUCGCUCACAAGUACUCGAGAAAUUGGGGCUUAGAAACGUAGUGAUCAACCAGACUGGGUGGAAGUACCUCUGCCAGUUCCUCAUGCAGAACACAUCGCUCUCAAAACUAGACAUCUCACAGACAAAGACAAGAUCAGACUUGCCCCUAUGGGAUUACAGAGAGUGUAUGGACUGGGGGGUGUUCUGCCAUGUACUCAGAAACAGGAAAUCCAAACCUCUAGAGGAACUCCUCCUCAACGGUGUCAAAAUCUUACACAUCCCAUUACCGCAGUUCCAAUCCUUGCUCAACGUGUUCGGAUUCAAAUACAACAACGAAAUACAGAAACUCCUAGGGUUCCAUCACAACCCAAACGUCGGUGUGCGCCUCGGAAUCGCAUGCUCAGAGGUCAACGAGGACUACCUCUGCGCCAUCUUUGAAUGGAUGUCACAGUACAACGUCCAGGGCGUCGACCUCGCCUUCAACCACCUCAACCCGUUCAUAAGGGUCAUGGCUAAGAAACUCGCAAAACUAAGCUUUACUAACCUCAACUACUUCACCGUCAACAGUUGCAACCUCGCAGACGUGCCCAACACGGUCGUACUCCUCAAGUACCUCUCCCGCGUCGCCACUUUGAAGUUCUUGGACUUAUCAAACAACCCAGCAUUGUUCCCAAGCAUAAUCCCGUACCUGUAUAAAUACUUGCCAAGGUUCCCGAACUUAUGCAGAAUCCACCUGGACAACAACAACCUCUCCUACAGACAGGCAACCAUGAUCUGUAACAUCCUCGUCAAGUGCCCCGUACUCGCUCACGUGUCUCUGCUCUCGCAAUCGGUGCCAGAAACGGCACCGACAACAGCGGCAGGGUCGUCUCCGGGGACGGCAACACCUAUGGACGCAAACUUGGCAGACCUUACAAAGGGGAGCGGUACGGAGGGCCAAAAAGUGUUCACGAAGAACGCAGUAUGGGCGGCACUUUACUCCCUCGCCAAGGGUAGACCCUCGCUUGUCUCACUGGACAUCAAUUACGAGGAGGUGCCCGAUGAGAUCAAGUCCCGCAUAGCACUAUGUCUCAUGCGCAACAUGCAGCGCACCGUCGACAAGGACUUCCACUUGGACGAACUGUCCUCCCAGGACGAGCUGCUCUUCGACGGUGCCCUUGCAGCGGAGACUGCAGACGAAGUGCUCAAGAAACUCAACUCCAAUAACGGCUGGAAUGAGGAUGUCGACCCAAACACGGUCGCCGCAAAGAAGUACCUGCUCAAGAAAUACCUGGAGAGGAUAGAGACCCUGUUGCAGAACGUAGCAGGAGAUGAUCGACAACGUGUUCGAGAGGCGGAAGACAGGGGACCUGCCCAUGAAGGAGAAGGAGAACUUGGUCCGCUUGCUGCUUUUGGAGAAAAACUUGAAGAACAUCCUAGAGAUCAUGCUGCAUAUCCCACUGGUUCAAGAACUGACCCGUGUCGAUUCCGGGAGAGGGUCACCCUCACAAGAUGGCAGCGACAGUGGGCCACGGGCCAUCGUGGACCCGCUGGACAGGCUGCGGCCCUCGUUGAAGCACUUGGACUCCGCACGACUCAUGGCUGCGGUUGCAGCACCGGAGGUCGAAAACGCCCUACGAAGCCACACAUAAUGGCCGCAGAGAAGGACCGCGUGGUCGACAUCGACACGGGCAAAGCAUUGCUUAUCCGGACACCGUCUACUACAUCCUUAGCGAGCAAGAUCCAAGAGAAGGAGGAAGGUGAACUGCACAAGUGGGGGAUUUUCAUGCAGCACCAGGGCACCAUGUACCCGCUGGACAACAUCACCACGGCGCGCGACCGGGCCAACCCAUCCGCUACUGUGGACAGUCCGCUGCAAUUUCAAUUCGCUCCGCAGGAAAUCACAAGCGAGCGCGCGCACCACGAUAAGAGUCAAGAGGUAGAUGGGGACCCAUCAACGCAUACAGAGGACCCCGCAAGCUCUGUGCCCAAGAUCCUGCCCCGAAUCCCAUCAGGUGAAGAUCUGAGGAAGGCCAUCAUCAACGCGAAGGGCGUCGACUCGAUCGACGACCUCAUCCAGAACGUAACGCAUAACCACCAGGAGCUGGAGAAAAUAUACAACGCGGCGUACUUCCUGAGCGGGAAGAAGGUAGGCAACGAGAUCCUGAACAAGUCACUGCUUGAAGCAGAGUCCAAACCGCCGACCCACUAA